AUGAAUCUUGGCUAUCUUCAAAUUUGCUUGAUUAUCGCACUGAGGGCAUUUCAUGUGUUAGGAAGUGAGAAUGCCUCAGAGGCUGUGCAAGACAGCGCAACUGAUGGAAAUGUGCCUCAACGUGCGAACUUCGAAAUAACUUAUGAGACACUUGAGAAGGGGCCAGGUGGAGUGUCAUCAUUCUUGGAGUUCGACGAUGGUGAUAAUGUUACUCUGCGUUAUUCGUUUUCGAACAGAGAUGAUAGUAACGUCUCCGUUGUGGCUGUUGGUGGUGCGAUCUACGACAUUACUACCAAUGAGCUUGCUGCCAACGUUAGUGCUGCAGCUCUUGGACCAAUUCCAAUUGGAACAAAUGAAACAGCUGAGUUUCAACAAAUUGUCAACCUCAUUCUGAAAGAAGGCGACUAUGCUAUCUCCCCUGAUAUUUAUGUGGAGAAGGAACAAGAGACUAUAAAAGUUAUAGCAAACCCUAGUCUUUUGAGAAUUUUACCACCAACAAUGUCGUUCUUCAACCCACAGUUUAUGUUCGUUCAGCUUAUUUUGGCUGCGCUCAUUGCAGGUUUCUCUUACAUGACAUUUGUCCGCACCCGCGAGGAUGGCAAUGCCCGCACUAACGGUAAGAAGUACAAGUCUUCAGAAGCAGCUAAAACCCAAAAGUUGGAUUCUACAUGGCUCCCUGAAAGUCACCAUGCAAAACGAUCCAAUUAA